GACACGUCCCGCCGAAUGCCAUCCUAACAAUACCCCGUUUGUUGCAUUCGUUAAAAGCUGUCCCUUUCCCCAUCACCGUCAUCCGUCGCCGGCCCUCCCCGUCCUCCACCCAAAGUUUGUAUCAAGGUCAUGGAUCCCGUAAGAGGACAUGGUGGCAUUCAUAUGCUGCUAGCUGCUGAGCAAGAGGCCCAGCAGAUUGUCUCUAGCGCCAGAAACUUGAAGACUGGAAGGUUGAAACAGGCAAAGGAUGAAGCUGAGAGGGAAGCUGCUGCCUAUCGUACCUCUUUAGAGGAGGAUUACCAAAGAAAAGUUUCUGAGAGCACUGGUAGUUCUGGAUGGAAUGUGAAAAGGCUUGAGAAGGAAACAGAGACUAAGAUCCAGAACUUGAAGAAUGCUUCAUCAGCUAUCCAUGCAGAUGUAAUCAACAUGCUGUUGAAGCAUGUCACAACAGUUCAAACCUAACAAGUGACAUGAUGGAAUUGCUGACAUGCUAUAGCCUUUCCUGGGCACUUUGUCUUUAAUAAUGUGAUUCGUGAUACAAGAUUUCGUUGUAAUAAGCACCACCUCAGAAACAUUGUAUAUGUUCUGAUUGCUUGGUUGCUGUUUGGGGAUGGAUGAACUCAAAUCAUCUGUGGUCUUCUUUCUUGUGACAACAUUGCUUUCGCAAUUUA